AUGGAAAAACUCGAGGAGGUCUUCCAGACUCAUAUAUUAAGCCACAUGAAAAAAGGGAGCAGCAACAACAUCCGUAGUGAUAACAAUAGUAAUAAGGGAAAAGGUCCCAAGGGACUUAUCAUAGAAUCCAACACAAAUGAGCAUUUUAGAAAUGUUUUCCAAACCAACCCGGAUCCAUACCUCUUACCAAAUUUUAAUGACAACCAUUUUGAUGAUAAAAAUCCGAACAUUGGACGAAAUCUAAUUCCGGAUCUUAGAAAUAAUGUCCCCAUUUUAAAACCAGAUGGAUUGCUAGUCGGCCCGGACAAUAAAUUUUUUAACCCCAAAAAUUUGCGCUAUGACCCAAUUGGGCCAUUUGGAAAUGAACCCAAUGCGGACAACAAACCGGAGAUCAAGCUGGGAAAGCGCGCUGUGCCCAAAGGCGCCAACACAUAUAUGUAA